AUGAGCCAUGAGCUAAAGUCACCAUCGUUAGGAAUGAUCUCCAUGGCAACACGUACCACGGCGACAGUCAGCCCUCUCACCCCUUCCCCCGUCAACGGAGCAGCUUUGGCCAAUGGGAGCCUUGCAUCCCAGUCCUCCCAUUCCGGAUUUGCUGCGGCUCUUCGCAAACUUGCCAAACAAGCUGAGGAGCCCAGAGGUUCUGCCUCCAUCAGCAGUGAAUCAUCUCCAGUUUCCUCCCCAGCCACUAAUCACAGCUCCCCUGUCAGCACGCCCAAACGGGGCCCCAUGGGGCCAGUGUUGAUCCCUGCAGGCAGCCACAGUGUGCCUGGCACCCCUCCUGUGGUCACCAUAGCACCAACUAAAACCAGUAAUGGACUGUGGAGAAGCGAGGGACGGCAGAUGAGGGUGAUCCACCGGGUCACCAGUAGGGAUCGCUUGGUUCCAGAUGCCCCGGAGAAAAGUGGUCUGUCUAUCCCUCAUCACCUGGUGGGGGCGCCAUUCAGCUUGGGCCUGUCCCCAAACACAGUUAUGCAGGAUCCCCGACUUCAAGCUUUCAAUUUGCCACGGCAGGUUCCUCACAUGCUCCCUGUAGGAGCAGUGUUGUCAGAGGAGUACCUUCGGGGAUUGCGUGUGUACUCCAGUGCUGAAGACCUGCGUCUACCCUCUUUGCCCUUGGGUCUGGACCCCAACACUGCUGCAGCCACUGCCGCGUACCUCCACUCUGGCUACCUGCCACACCCCAACCUCUCUUCAUACAGAAUGGAUGAGUCCAUGUGUUUAUCUGCCCUGCGGGCGCAGUUCUGUCCACUGCCAGCAGGGGGAGCUCUGCCUGCUCUCCAUCCUUCAGCUCUUCACUUUCACCUGUCAGGAACUCGUGUCCCUGGAGACCUGGCACACCCAGCACUAAUGGCUCUGCAGUCUGAGAGGCUGCAGAUGGAGGAUGAGCUCCGCCAACAAGAAAAGGAAAGAGAGAGAGAGCGUGAGAGAGAGAAAGAGCGAUUGUAUGAGGUGGAGAGAGAGCGGGAGUUUGAGAGGGAGAGAGAAAAAGAGAGAGAGAAGGAGAAGGAGAGGGACAGAGAGAUGGAGAGACAGAAAGAGAGGGCAAAAGAGAGAGAGAUUCAGGCAGUUCGUGCUAUGGAGAAGCGUUUCCUGAAUCAGGAGCUCCAGGCACACAGACAGCAAACAGAGGAGAGAGCCAAGAUGACUGAGAGACUCACACCAAACUGCCUGGACAAAACCAAAGAGGUUUCUCUGCCUCCCCUGAAGCCUUUACAGCCUGGAUUCUGUCCAUCUCUGCCCACCCCCCGCCCGUCCUUACCCGCCAUGGGCUCCUCUACGGUGGGGCACUUUGUACCGGGAGCUCUGCAGGGCUUCGGGGAGGAGGAGCGCUGGCCUGGCCGACAGAGGGCUCCACGGCAGGAGAAGGAGGCGUUCCCUGGCUUGGGGUGCGAGCUCCGAGGGCAGGUUUUGGAUCAGCAUCCAGGGCCAGGGAGGUCACGAGAAACAAUGGAGCCCCCAGACCUGCACCAGUCGAACUCAAACCAGCGUGACUCCAGUAACAGAGAGCCACUUCUGCAUUUGGCAGCCCCCCCACCUCUCAUUUCCCCCAAACCUCACCCUCCGCUCCCUCCCACUACACUGUGGAACCCCAUCUCACUCAUAGAAACCACCUCCGACUCCCGCCGUGCCUAUGAGCUCCACACUCCCCCCCUGCGCCCUCCUCCGACUCUCACCAAACCAGGCAGGGUGGCGGAGGAGACGGGCAGGAGGCAGGAAUGCCCAGAGAGGUACCCAGUCAUGCCGGGGCACAGUCUGCUGGAACCUGGCACCUUCCUGACUGAACUGGAAAAAUCCACUCAAAGUUUUCUCAGCCAACAGAGGGCAUCGCUGGCGCUACGACCCCAGCCAAGCCAAUAUGCAGAACUCAGGGUUACCCAGAGGGCCAGCUCGCCAUGUAGGGGCCUCCAGGGGCCCAGUCCAGUGGGCCCUAAUCCCAUGCUUGUGUGUGAUGAAGUUCUCCAGCCGCAAAGGGGCCUGGUCAGUAAGCUGGACCUGGAGGAGAAGAGACGCCGGGAGGCCAGAGAGAAAGGUCAUUACUAUGAGCUGGAUGAGUCAUUUGAUGAGAGUGAUGAAGAGGAGGUGAGAGCCCAUCUCAGGAGGGUGGCUCGGCAGCCUCCUCUAAAACUGGAUGAAAGUGCUGAGAAGGUGGAGUUCCUGAGAGUGUUUGGGUUGACCACUCACUCUCAGAGGGAUGAACUGCUUUGGGAAAAGAGAAGAAAGAGAAGGAGGAUGAUGAUGGAGAGAAGCCCCUCCCCUCCAGCCGUACAGGGCAAACGCCAGACGCCUCCCGCGCUUCCCCUCACCACACAUUUCUCAGCAGAGGAGAUGGACAGCACUCCUCUACUGGACGACAAAAAACGCUUUCUCUCAAUGUUCAGUCUCACCCACAUCAGCACGCAGCAAAGGAGAGAGAGAGAGAAGCUGAUUGAUCUUUUGCAAGCCAUUAGACAGCGGAGUGUAACACUGGACACACAGCUCCCUGACGCAGGCUCUUCCAGCUCCACAGCAUUUCCUCUGAAAUCUUUGGACAGUGGUAACUGUAGAGACACACUGAAGGUCACCACCUCACCACCCAAACAUCCCUCCCCUUUGCUCCCACACCUGGAGCAGUCGCAACUGGGAGAGCCUAACUCCAUUAAGAGAAUCCCCAGUCUGCUUCCUGCUGUCCCAUCUCCUCCCCGGCUAAAGGAACAGCCAGCCGGCCAGAACGGCAGGACCCACCCUUGGGAGAGCUUCACUGCGGAGGAGUUUGCUCAGCAUUUUCACCAGUCAGUGCUCCAGUCAACACAGAAAGCCCUGCAGAGACCUAGAGGGGGAGCUACAGCAGGCACUGAGCCAAAUCACAGAAUAGAUUCAUCUGUGCACUAUAACAUUUCAGACCUACAGGGGGUGCCAAAUCAAGUACUGCACUCUCAAACAAAUGGUCACACAUGCCCUCUACUAACCAACCCCAAUCCACCAGGAGCGCAGCAUGAGGUCUGGGAUGAAGAAGACUCAAGUGAUGAAGAUGAUGAGGAAGAGCAGGGGUCUUCCUCCCGCUGGCAGGGCAUUGAAGCCAUCUUUGAAGCAUAUCAAGAAUAUAUGGAAGAGAGGAGUAUAGAGUACGAGGUGCUUCAGGGGGAGUGCAGGAGGUUGGAGGUGCAGCACUAUAACCUCACUGUGGCAGCUGAGCAGCUCUCUCACAGCAUGGCGGAGCUCCUGGCUCAGAAACAGAGGAUGUCACUGGAGCGAGAGCGCAUGCACAGCGAGCUGGAGCACAUUAGGACGUACCUGGCACUGCCAACCUUGCCCUGGCACAGAGGCCAUGUUAAUGGGAAGUCUCUUAGGUGA